CCCUUCCUACAAUUGGAAGAAUAAGACCACCUCCCUCCCCCUGCUUCAUCGGUAUGCAGGCGGUGCAGUGUGUGUAUCAGGAGAGAGGAGAGCGAGAGACGUAGCAGUCAGUGCAAUGGGAUAGAGGAGAGCGAGGAGGCGGAGGAGCAGAGUGAAUGAGUGCUGCUGGAUCUGCCUUGCCUUUGCCUUUGCCUGCGUGCCUGGCUGCCUGUCGUCUUUCUGGAGCUGGAGUAUACCGCCGCGCCACGACACACUGACACAGAGCAGACCCACGGCCCAUUCUCACCAGCUACGCACACCUCAGCAGCAUCGAUUUAUCCACCAUCUGAAAGAAAACCCUCAGAGGUUUAGCUCACCAGGCUUUCACCGUCAUCAGCAGCACUGAAGCGGCCUGACGCCACUAUUUAGGCACCAGCUGCUACCAAACUACAUCUCCCUCCAUCUCAUCCUUUCCUCAUCAACGCCACCUCGACUCUCCUCUCCUCUCGCUCCUCCCUAUGCCCUUGUCCUCGGCGGCUCCUCUCACCUCCCUGGCCAGUAUAUGGAUAGAAGCUCCCUGUUUCAGCUCAUACAAGAGCAGUUGGACCCAGAGAACACCGGUUUCAUCCCAGUGGAGAACUUCACCAGCUUGGUGGAGCACCAUGAACUGCAGCUUGACCCGUCCAAACUGGACAUGCUGUUAGCACUCGUCCACAGCAAUGAGGAGGGACAGGUGUGCUACCAGGAGCUCAUCGAGCUGAUGAGCAGCAAACGCUCCAGCAGUUUCCGACGUGCCAUUGCCAACGGGCGUCGCACCCUGCAGAGGGAAAUCCUACUGGACGAGACGGGCCUUGGGCUUUACAAGCGUUUUGUCCGUUAUGUGGCCUACGAGAUCCUGCCAUGUGAGACGGACCGACGCUGGUACUUCCACCAAAACCGCCUUUGUCCUCCGCCCAUCUUCAUUGCAAUUGUCACCAUCGUUCAGAUAAUUGUGUUCAUGUGCUAUGGCAUCAUGCUCAACAAGUGGGUUCUGCAGACCUACCAGCCAGACUUCAUGAAGAGCCCACUGGUCUACCAUCCAGGUCACCGUGCACAAGUGUGGCGAUUCUUCAGCUACAUGUUUAUGCAUGUUGGAUUAGAGCAGCUGGGAUUUAAUGCUUUGCUGCAGCUGAUGAUCGGCGUUCCUUUAGAAAUGGUCCAUGGCAUCUUACGGAUAAGUUUACUCUACAUGGCAGGAGUCCUGGCCGGCUCGCUGACGGUGUCCAUCACAGACAUGCGUGCUCCAGUGGUGGGGGGCUCCGGGGGGGUCUACGCUCUGUGCUCAGCGCAUCUGGCCAAUGUUGUCAUGAACUGGGCCGGGAUGCGCUGUCCAUACAAGCUGCUCCGCAUGAUCCUGGCACUGGUUUGCAUGAGUUCAGAGGUAGGCCGUGCAGUCUGGCUCCGGUUCUCUCCACCGCUGCCAUCCUCGGGCCCCCAGCCCAGCUUCAUGGCCCACCUGUCGGGGGCCGUGGUCGGCAUCAGCAUGGGGCUGCUCAUCCUGCGCAGUUACGAGGAAAGUCUGCAGAAGCAGUGCUCGUGGUGGGUCAUCGUCUUCUCCUUCAUCACUUUCCUCCUCUUCGCCAUCUUCUGGAACAUCUUCGCCUAUGAGCUCCUCGGGGUACAGAUCCCGCCUCCCCCCUGAUGAAGGCCCCCCCCUGCUGCUUUUCAUUUUAAUCUUGAUUUUCUCCAAAGUUAUACCCAAAUGAAAUCGUUCAAAAAUCCAAAAAGAAUUCUUUUUUUACAGAUACUUUGCAAAUCAAAGAAAUCUUUCUCUUUUAUUAAAGAGGGAUUACAGUAGCAACAAGUACAGGUAAAGAUUCCUCAGAUACAUUUUGAGGAGCAUUCUGUCUUUUUUUAUGAAAAAAAAAAUACAUACAGAACUUCAUCCACAUCAACUCAUCAUUUGUUUUACUUUUGCUUCAUUCAUACAAAGACCUCAAAUAAGAAGAUGCUGAGAUCAUCAUAUGUGCCUCUGGUGGGGAAAUAAAUGUUCUGUACGAUCGGCAGCUGCGGUGCUCCUUAAAGUUAAAGGAGUUACUGACCCGGAAAUCAGAAUCUGCAGGAAAGAAUUUCUGGACAAGCUUUUUCUUUUUUCUUUUUCGGAAGACAACAUUAAAACUAAACCCAAAAGCUGCAGUGAUGUAUUAUAGUUAGUGGUUGUCCUGCUGUAGCUCAAUGGGGUCCCGUGGCUCUUUUUCUCUAAGCUGCUUGCACAUCAAACUGAAAAACGCAACAAAUACUCAGAGAGAGGACCUAAAAAUCUCUAGAGCAGUUCCAUGCUUUUACUUUGAUCUGCAUUAAACUUAAAGAUUGGAGGUGCACUGAGAAAUUGACUGCAGACUGGAAUCAAUCCGCUGUCAGUCAAAUCCUUGAAAAUCUGUUGUUUAUUUUCAAUUUCUUCAUUCUCUACUACCUCUAUCAACAAAACCCAACCAAUUUUUUUAUGAUACAUGUCCUAGAAAAUAACAAUUGUGAUAGGUCAGAUAUAAAACCAGCAGGUAUGACCUGCAGGAAAACUCGAAAUAAGUAUCACCAGUAGCAGGUUGAUGGGUGCAUCUCCACUAAAGAAACUCUUAGUUGACUUUACCAGUUCAUCUAGACAACAUAUCUCUGCAUUUUUUCUUUGUCAUGACACCUACACUGUGGAUACAGAGAACAGUUCACACACAUGCAGACACACAUCCUUAGCGCAAAGAGACAAAGUUAGAGAAGACUGAGACCAGAGAGAAGAGGCAGUCCAUCACUUCAGCAACUGAACUCCUCUCAUUGAUGCGCAGACUUCAAGUUUGUACCUGCUCAGUCCACCAUGUAAAAUAUGCCAUGUCAUGCUCUGUUGGUUUUGGAACAAGAACACGCACACACGCUGUUCUCCGAUCUAUAUUUGAGAGUAACUGCUGCCUGAUUCUGUCGGUUAACGCGGGUGAACCGACAACACACAUGAAAACAAUACGCGUGGUUGCCUCAGACAUGUCCUCUCACUCAAAAAAAAAAAAAAAAGAACUGCGAUGGGCGAAGACUUUUUACCAUCUGACCUCUGACCUGCGGGGUUACGGCAUCAGGCCAAGUUAAUACCUCAGUUUCUCAUUGUUUUUAGGGACUAUACAUUUGUAAAGGAAUGUAAAUGUAAAAAGAAAAAAAAA